AUGAGUGUUUUUCCAAAGGAGACCAUUUUGGCCAUUGCAGAGUCUGUGGGCGUAUCGAUGCAAGACGAAGUUGCAACUGUUCUCUUGCAGGAUACUGAGUAUCGCAUGCGAGAAAUCAUUCAUGAAGCCGUCAAGUUUAUGCGACAUUCAAGACGACAGAAACUCACAUCUGCUGAUAUCAACUCUGCAUUGUCUGUUCGUAAUGUUGAGCCAUUAUAUGGAUACAUCAAUGGAGCUCCAUCCAACUUCAAAAUGACUUCAAUGGGCUCUCAGGUACUGUACUACCUUGAGGAUCAAGAAUACGAUUUAGACGAUUUAAUCAAUAGACCUCUUCCUCCUGUUCCUUUGGAAGCUACCUAUACAGCACACUGGCUGGCUGUUGAUGGUGCUCAGCCCAGGAUUGUUCAAAAUCCAACCCCAUCUGGUAUAUACGAUUAUGGACAAACCACAACAGAAACGCUUCAAGCAACAACAUCUACUAUUCGUAGAGGAGAGAAAUCCUUGACUUCCACUAGCGACACAACUCAGCACCCACUCUUGGUAAAAGAAGUUCUUACAAAAGAACUUCAAAUGUACUAUGAGAAAAUCACCGAGAUGCUGACCAGCGAGGAUCUCGAGAUUCGCUCAUUGGCAAUUGAGAGUAUAUCUAAAGAUCCAGGCGUGCAGGGUAUUAUGCCCUACUUUGUACAGUUUAUUUCAGAUACAGUGACAAGAUCACUCAAAGAUCUGGAACUCCUCUGGACGAUUAUGCGGUUUACUCGAGGGAUUCUAUCCAAUGUAGAUUUAGAUCCAGAGCCUUAUCUACACCAGCUGAUUCCAUCGAUUCUAACGUGUAUUGUUGCAAAGAGAAUGACUAGAAACAGUAGCGGGGAGACAGCGGGGGAUGAAGAUCAUUGGGCGUUGAGAUUAUACUCGGCCAAACUUGCUGCUCAUAUCUGUGUGCAGUUUGGUGGAGCAUAUCCAACACUCCAACCAAGAGUCACCAAGACAUUGCUAAGAGCAAUGCUGGAUCCACUGAAGCCUUUGGCAACAGUGUAUGGUGCUCUUGCUGCUCUCGCAGCAUUAGGAAAGCAAGUGGUGUGUGCACUGGUGCUUCCUAAUGUCGCUGCACUGGGAAUGCGAUUGGAGAGACAAACUCAAUCUCCUGACUCUCCACUACCAAUUGAUGUUACUAAAUGUACCGAUCUUAUUCAGAGUCUAGUUCUGGACCAAUUGCAUAUGGACUUGACGGAUGCAAUGGUUGUUGCCAAUGCUGAAACUGCUCUUUCCAACUCUACUGUUGAUCGUGCUACUAUUAUUGCUUCUCUUAGAGAGGAGUGGGCUCAUUCUCGGCCUUUAGGCAUCUUUACUGAUCGCAUCUGGAAUGCAUUUGAACAGAAACAAUAA